CCACAGACGGCGUGGUCAGACGGUCGUCGUUCUAUCUCCACUCUCCAAAUCGUUCUCCAAAACCAUAACCCAUUUAUCCGAUCAAAAAGCACAGAAUCAUCAGCCAGUCAUACACACAAAGCUCCGGCCAUGGAAGAAGAAGCAAGUAAGCUUCACAUCGUCAUGCUGCCAUGGCUCGCCAUGGGCCAUCUCCUCCCUUUCUUCGAGCUCUCCAAGCGGCUCGCUCUUAAAGGCGUCGAGAUCUCGUUCUUCUCCACGCCAUCCAACAUCCACCGCCUCCCUUCAAUCCCCCAAUCCAUAACCCCCAAUAUUAACUUCAUCUCCUGUUCCAUCAACAACAUUACCUCCAACAUCGAGAACACCGUCGAUCUCCGCUCCGAGGCGGCCAGACCUCUCCUUAUACAAGCCUACGCCACCUUCGAGAGCCACCUCACUGCCUUCCUCUCCGACGCUUCUCGUCCCAAACCAGACUGGAUCAUCUACGACUUCGCCGCCGCAAGUUGGGCUCCAGCCCUAGCUUCCCGAUUUAAAGUCAACUCGGCCUUCUUUUGCCUCUUCAACGCCGCCGCAGUCGCCUUUUUCAUCCACGCCAAAGACUACGACUCACCGGAAAAACUCUCAACGGUGCCGGAUAGUAUCCCGUUUCCCACUACAGUCGCCUUCCGACCAUUCGAAGCUCGCCAUGUCUACUCUAUGCUUUCCCAAAAAUCAAAUCAAACAGAGCCCAAAACACAGAGCAUCCAAUUUACGCUUAUCAGAACGUGCAAGGAGUUCGAGAGCAAAUGGGUAGAUCUGCUUGGCGACAUAUACGCCCCCGUGGGCUUACUUCCCCCAUCUUUUGACAAGGAGGAAGAGAGCGAGACAUGGACGAGAAUAUGCGAAUGGCUUGAUGAGCAAAAGGAAAGCUCUGUGAUCUAUGUAGCUUUUGGAUCCGAAGCAAUUCUUACGACAGAGCAGAUUGAUGAGAUUGCAUUAGGGUUGGAGAAGAGUGGAUUACCGUUCUUCUGGGUUCUGCGGGUGGGUUCGCCGCCGCAAGGGUUUGAGGAGAGGACGGCCGGAAGAGGGCUGGUGUGGAUGGGUUGGGCUCCGCAGGCCCGAUUGCUGGCCCACCGGACUGUUGGAGGCUUUCUGACCCACGGUGGGUGGAAUUCUGUGGUGGAAGGGUUGGUGGUUGGGGCGCCGAUGGUGGUUUUGCCGAUGGUGUUUGAGCAGGGGCUGAAUGCGAGGCAUUUGGUGGAGAGUGGUUACGCGGUGGAAGUGGCGAGGAAUGAUGAAGAUGGUUCCUUUUCUGGAGAGGAGAUUGCGAGGAAGUUGAGGAUGGUGAUGGUGGAGGAGGAAGGAGAGGAGCUGAGGAAGAAGGCGAGAAUGGGGAAAGAGGUUUUUGGGAGUGAGAAGCUGCAGGAGGAAUAUCUUGAUGAGCUCGCGAAGAAGCUAUGGGAGAAACGGAAGGUGGUGGCAGAGCCAGUUUGAUUCAGGGAUCAAAUGAUGGUCUAGUUAGGGAGCGGGCUUAGGAGACGAUGGAAUUGGACAUGACGGAUCAUCAUAGACAGGCCGUGCGAUCGCAUGGUUGUUGUUAGAACGAUGGACAUAGACUGGGGACGACAGGUCGGACAAUCAUUUUGGCUUAACAGAUUUUCAUGCUCAUCGUGUUGGUGUCGCCAUUACAAUCAUUCUAAAGACUGGGGAGAACAAAAUCGACUCCCAGAAGCAUCACUGUCAUAGUAAUUGAUCAUGUCAAAUCACAGUUGAUUGCAUGUAGUAUGUCAAUAAGAUAUUUUAUUUUUUCGUAUUCCUAUGACAUUUAUGACCUUCGAUUCAUAAUCUAUCUACUAUGUUGGAUUUCUCUUAGAAAGACAAAUAUUUUGCCAAAAAA